UGACGCCAUUCGCAGGCAGGGGCUUCAUAUUCCAAGGGAAGCGCCCAUUACCAACGAGAAGAGUCCUUGCUCGCAAGGAGGGAAACCAUUAUCAGCCUCAACUUUCUUCUGCUUGGGGGAGUGGUCCGACCUCCCGAGGUUCUUUCUGGAGGACGCCAGGAAUCAUCCUUCUCCUUCUUCGCCGAGGUCACACACAGUCUGCCCUCCUCUUCCGGUUCCGGUUCCGGUCCCGGCCCGGAUUUCGACCUCGACGGCAUUUCCAGACCGACACAUCUACAACCGCUCUGUGAAGAGCCACACCUGCCAACAUGGUCGACAUAAAUCCCGCGGCCCUCAGUCGGCCAUCCGUCAACAUCUCGACUCCUAUUCUAGCUACAAAAUCCAUCAAUGUUUCCAUUCCUCCAUUACAAAAGCCAAAGACUAGCCAACUCAUCCCGGCCCGCAUUGACCUCGAACCUAUCUAUACUGCUCUCAGGGCAAACAUUGGUCUAGAACAAUGGACGGUCUACAAGGAAGCCGUUGGCAACUUUCUGCUUGGUCGCCUCAACCAAGCCGAGCUCAGCGCGCGCAUCGACCCAAUAUUGGCCUCUCCCGAUGGUACCAAAGAGCACCUUCAUAACCAGCUCAUCGCUGCUAUAUACGGAAAUGUCACUCGAGAAAUGCCUGACCAGGGCCUUGCGCCUUGGGUCAGCGCAAACGAUAAACCCUCAACCAACACGUCGAGCAAGCCAGUGUCGGGUGAUGCCGCCGAAAGACGGUUGAAGGGAGAGGUCAUGCAACUUCCCAGCAGGGACAGAAGACGUAUCAAAGACCUCGCCCACAACGACUUCGACCCCUACGAGUCCCUGUCUAGCGUGUUCAUUGACCACUCCAGAAACAAGUCCAUCAAGACUGCCGAGGUACCAGCAAGUGCCGCAGGAGGUCUCAGCCGGAUGAACUACGAUCUAGAAAUCAGGAAACGAUAUGCACAGCCGCUGGCUGUCGAGUCCGGAGAGUUCCCCGAUGUCAGCAACAUCGAGGCCAAAAUGCUUCCCAUAUGCUACGAGGCCGGCCUCUCGGGCGGACACGCGCCAGAAGCCGCCCAGUUCAUGUCGAUAGCCACGGAAACGUUCAUCAAGCAAGUCAUGUCCUCUAUAUUCAGCCGAACGAGGAGUAACGGCCCCGGAGACUCUGGUAACGCCGGUUUCGGAGCGGGUAACGCUUGGAUUCAAACACACAAGUACCGACGCAAGUUGCAGAAGGAAGAAGAGGCUUUUCAGAGGGGCGAGGUAACACGCGAUAAGAGCGGCCUGUUGCCCGUGGAAGCUAAAGCCGCCAGCGAGCGUGGGCCUCUGGGCAUGGCGGAUUUCCGCAUAGCGCUGGAGAUGGGUGACUGCGGACUAGCCAACUUUCCCAUUGUCGCCAAGUCGGUCAUCUACGACUACCGGGAAGGGGAGCUCGAAAACUGGGACGAUCACACGUACAUUGACGGGCGGGAAGUACGACCGACUAGCGACGGAGAUGUGGAGAUGGGCGGAAUGGCGGCCAACGGCAAACCAGAUGGGCCAUUACCCAAUGGCGUCAAUCACGAGGAUGCUAUGGAACUUGACAACGACGAUGAUGACAUGCCUUGGGAAGGCGCAGGCUCGGAGGAUGGGGACUUUCUCAACAGCGUUUUGGAUACAUGCCUCGCCGUGGGCUAAUACUUGGGGCACAUACAUGGGGGGAUUCCAUUUUACACAAAGGGCGACUGGCGUUACAUAAGAUGACUGGGCAGCUUUUUUCUCUGCAUUCAACAUACUCUGCGGCGGCGUU